GUUUUACUACUUUUAUUUGAAAGAAAUGAAUAAUCGGAAACUUACGUAGUUUUUUAAUUGUUUACAUUGCUUCGCAUUGUACACCGAGAAGAUAUUAUAUUAGAAUACCGUGAAUAAUUUUGUCGGAUAUCUUUCGAAUAUUAUUUAAAGAUGGAUUAUAAUGACAAAAGCCGCAAUUUAGAUUAUAAUAAUGACAAAACUCGGAUUGAGCAUAAUGACAAAAGUCGAACUGAUUAUAAUGACAAAAGUCGUAGUCUGGAAAGAGGAUCUGAUCGAUCAAGAUCUGAAAAAAGGCGAAGAUCAAGAUCCCACAGUCCUCGUCGUCAUAAGCGUUCUCGAAGUAGAGAAAGAAGGUCACGAUCCAGAAGCAGAGACCGCCACAGGCAUAAAGAAAGGGAACGUGAUAAAGAGAGAAGAGACAAAAAGAAAGAUAAAUCCAAAGAUAAGUCUAGGCAAAAAGAUCGCAAAGAUAAAAAUAACAUUAAAGAAGAAGAUGAAGAUGGUAAAAAUGAUAAAGUUAAGAAAGAGCCUCUUUCCCUUGAAGAACUUAUGGCAAAAAAGCAAGCUGAGGAAAUGGCAAGGAGCAAGCCUGUAUUUCUAACGAAAGAGCAGCGAGCUGCUGAAGCCCUAAAAAGGAGGCAAAAAGAGGUGGAGGAACAAAGGAAGAGAAUGGAUGAGGAAAGAAAAAUUCGAAUGCAGUUUAUGGAAGAGGCCAAACAUUCUCAAGAAAAUGAUAAGGAGCGGGAACGACGAGAAAGAAGAGAAAAACGUGAAGCGGAAGAAGCAUUAGCAUCAGCUGCUGCAGCUGCAGCAGCUAAUGAAUCUGAUAGAGAUAAAGUCAGAGAAUUGAAAGACAAAGAAAAAGAAUUGGAAGCUAUACGCGAAAGGUAUUUAGGUUUGAUAAAAAAGAAGAGACGUGUUCGACGUUUGAAUGACAGAAAAUUUGUGUUUGAUUGGGAUGCCUCAGAAGAUACUGCUGUAGAUUACAACCCUAUUUAUAAAGAAAGACAUACUGUGCAGUUCUUUGGGAGAGGCCAUGUUGCUGGAAUAGAUUUGAAAUCUCAGAAGAAAGAACAGUCUAAAUUCUAUGGAGAACUUUUAGAAUUAAGAAGAACUCAUGCAGAAAAGGAACAAGAAAUUGUUCGCUUAAAGAAAAUCAAAAAGAAAGAAGACAAACAGAAAUGGGAUGAUCGUCAUUGGUCUCAAAAGUCCAUUGAGGAAAUGACGGAAAGAGACUGGAGAAUCUUUAGGGAAGAUUUCAACAUUGCAAUUAAAGGUGGACGUAUACCAAAUCCCAUUAGAAAUUGGAAAGAAUCUGGUCUGACAAAACCUAUUUUAGAGAUUAUCGAGCAGUUAGGAUAUAAGGAUCCUACUCCUAUUCAGAGACAAGCUAUACCAAUUGGUUUGCAAAAUCGAGAUAUCAUUGGUGUUGCUGAAACUGGCAGUGGUAAAACUCUAGCUUUCUUGAUACCACUAUUAGUUUGGAUAACUUCACUGCCUAAAAUUGAAAGAAAUGAGGAUAUUGACCAGGGUCCAUAUGCAAUAAUAAUGGCACCCACACGUGAGUUGGCUCAGCAGAUUGAAGAGGAAACAAUCAAAUUUGCGAAAACGCUAGAAAUUAGAACAGUAGCUGUGAUUGGUGGUUUGUCCAGAGAAGAACAAGGAUUUCGUUUGCGGCUGGGCUGUGAGAUAGUUAUUGCUACUCCUGGUCGAUUGAUAGAUGUUUUGGAAAAUAGAUAUUUAGUCCUCAACAGAUGUACUUACAUAGUUCUUGAUGAGGCUGAUCGUAUGAUUGAUAUGGGUUUUGAACCAGAUGUCCAGAAAAUUUUAGAAUAUAUGCCAGUGACCAACCAGAAACCAGAUACUGAUGAAGCUGAAGAUGAGAAGAUACUGUUGGCCAACUUUAAUUCUAAAAAUAAAUUCCGUCAGACAGUGAUGUUUACAGCAACUAUGCCACCGGCAGUAGAAAGAUUAGCCAGAUCGUACUUACGAAGGCCUUCCAUUGUCUAUAUUGGUUCUGCUGGAAAGCCUGUAGAAAGAGUAGAACAAAUAGUAUAUGUAAUCAGUGAAAAUAUAAAAAGGAAAAAGUUAUUGGAAAUAUUGGAAGAAGGUGUGGAACCACCUGUCAUUAUUUUUGUCAACCAAAAGAAAGGUGCUGAUGUAUUGGCUAAAGGUCUUGAAAAAAUGGGAUACAAUGCAUGCACUCUUCAUGGUGGUAAAGGUCAAGAACAGAGAGAGUAUGCCUUGGCCAGCCUCAAGACUGGAUCAAAAGACAUUCUUGUCGCUACCGAUGUUGCUGGAAGAGGUAUCGACAUUCAGAAUGUGUCCAUGGUCAUCAAUUAUGACAUGGCUAAAAGCAUUGAAGAUUACACUCACAGAAUUGGUCGUACUGGUCGUGCAGGGAAACAUGGUAUUGCUGUCACAUUAAUAACUAAAGAGGAUUCUCACCUUUUCUACGAUUUGAAACAACUCAUAAUGACUAGCCCUAUUUCAACUUGUCCACCAGAACUUGCAAAUCACCCGGAUGCUCAACAUAAACCUGGAACAGUUAUCACAAAGAAGCGUCGUGAAGAGAAAAUCUUUGCAUAAAACUAAUUCAUGCUAACUUGUUUCUACAUAUGUACAAUGCAGUUAUUCAAGUUCUAAUAAUUUGUAGUGUUUAACUAAUAUUUUCUCCAUCGAAGUUAAGUUUAUUCAUAAUCUUGUAUAGUGGCAUUUUGUAAUUAAAACUGUCUUUUUUAAAUGUG